AAUGCUCAGUAAAGUUGGAACACAGCAGCAGGUUUGGCGUUCUGUUUACAGCUGGGAUUGAGGAUUUUUGCAUUCUCCUCUUUGCACUGAUGGUGCUGAUCCCUCUCCUCCAGCGAUGCAUCCAGUUCCUCAGCCUGCCUGUGUACCUGCUCUCGUAUCUGGGCUUAUGGGACCCCCUCUGUAAGAAGAUCUUCCCAUAUUUCAUGGCCAAGUGCUCCACUAUCUACAACCGCAAACUCUUCCAACAGAAAAAGGACCUGUUCAGCAGCCUGGGGGAGUUUGCAGGCACUUCGAGGGAGCUCAGGCUGCUGGAGAUAGGCACAGGCUCAGGGGCCAACUUCCAGUUCUACCCACCUGGAUGCCGGGUGACAUGCACUGAUCCCAACCCCAACUUUGAGAGGUUCCUCCUCAAGAGCAUUUCCGACAGCCCACACCUCCAUUUUGAACGGUUCUUGGUGGCCUCCGGUGAGGACCUGCGUCCAGUGGCUGACGACUCCAUGGAUGUGGUGGUUUGCACCUUGGUGCUGUGCUCGGUGCGCAGCAUCGAGCAGGUCCUGAGAGAAGUCUUGCGAGUGCUCAGGCAGGGUGGUUCUUUGUAUUUCUUGGAGCAUGUGGCUGCAGAUCAUUCCAGCUGGAGCUACUUUUGGCAACAGAUCUACAACCCAACCUGGAGAUAUUUGGGAGACGGGUGCUGCCUGACCAGAGAGACCUGGAAGGACCUGGAGAAGGCAGGGUUCUCGGAACUGAAGUUGCGGCACAUACAUGCCCCCCUGUCCUGGAACCCUACUCGUCCCCAUAUCAUUGGAUAUGCUGUGAAAUAA